GUGAAGCUUCCCUCACACAGCAGUAGUGCAACAUGGAGCAGACUGAAGUGCUAAAGCCCAACACCCUGGAUGAGCUGAUCCAGAUCCUGCAUGAGAUAUUUGCCAGUGAUAAAGUGAAUAUAGAGGAGGUGCAGGCUAUAGUGGAGUCCUAUGAAAGCAACCCAAGGGAAUGGAUGAAAUUUGCCAAGUUUGACCAGUACAGGUACACCCGAAAUCUUGUGGAUGAGGGAAAUGGAAAGUUCAAUCUAAUGAUCCUGUGCUGGGGAGAAGGACAUGGCAGCAGUAUCCAUGACCAUGCCAACUCCCACUGCUUCUUGAAAAUCCUUCAGGGAAGCCUCAAAGAAACUCUGUAUGAGUGGCCCAAGAAAAAAAGUAACACUGAAAUGGUGAAGAAGGCAGAAGGUGUAUUGAAGCUGAAUCAAUGUGCCUAUAUUAAUGAUUCUAUUGGCCUCCAUCGUGUAGAGAACCCGAGCCAUACAGAGCCUGCUGUAAGCCUCCAUUUAUACAGCCCUCCAUUUAAUGAGUGCCACACAUUCGAUCAGAGGACUGGACACACAAAUUCAGUGAAAAUGACUUUUUGGAGCAAGUAUGGAGACAGAACUCCUUUUGCAAUUGCACAGUCGCAGGAAAAUAACUAAACCGGAUCCAAAAAAAUGAAUAACCUGAGAAACUGGAAAUAUUUUAGAUUCACUCAGUGCUGAUGUGACCAAACUGUAACUGGACCUCCUGGGAAACUUUUGAAAAAAAGGCAGAAACUUUCAUCCAAUGGCGGCAUUUCUUGAGACCUAAGGAAAUCAACAUUUUAAUUCCCUGUUUUGAAAUAAAUUGUACAGUAAUGCAAAUUAAGAAACAUCUGCUUUAAAACUGGAAAUCUGGAAUAUUCUUUAAUUUUUGUAAAGCUGCUUUCCUGUGAAACAAUUUCUGCUGAAUAGCCUUGAAUUUUCUAGAAUAAUUGUAUAGUUUUUAAUGUUUGUUGUAACAAAUGUACAUUUUCUGAUCUUAAUAUUUUUAGAAGAACUAGCAUAUGAAUUGGCUUGCUCAUCCGUGUUAUUUUAAGUCUCUUUUAUGAGUCUGUUUCCUUGUACUGUUGUUCAUGUUAAGUUUGAUAAGAUAAGUUAUCAUUGUUGUAGUGACUUAUAAGGAAAACAAUCCUCCUCCUACCGUGAUUGAGCAAUUCAUUUAGCAACUUUGCUUUGAUGUUUCAUGUGAGCGUGUGGCUUUUAAAACAAUAAAAAUGUGUUGACUCCAGUAAUCAUACAGAUGGUAUAUUAUCUGGAAGCCCAGAUUGGCCCUGAAACACAGCAUUGCUAUUUAAUACUUCACUUUUACUUUUUUGUGUCAAUAAUAACAAGACAGUACCUUGUACUUGAUGUUAAAUAAGCCAGCAUGGAGCAAUGGCACCAAUAAUCAUAGUAGUUUUUAAAGCAUAAUUCUCCAUGCAAGAGGCAUUAUCUAACACCCAAGGCCCAAGCAUUCCAGUUAAUAGAUCCUAUACCUGUCAAAAAAAAAAAAUUAAAUGUACUGUUUAAAUAUUAUAAGCUAAUCACUUUUUGUUUGUUCUUUUAGAUCUACAGAAAAUAAUUAUGUAAUGUAAUAAAGCAAGUUUUU